AUGGUUCGUCGUGGAAAGGAUAUGUAUGUCAAGCUUUAUAAUUCAUGUUUUAUCUCGGACGGUGUCUUCUUCAUUGCGACCAUACCCCCGGGCUGCCAAGAGAUUGCGGUCCCGGAACUUGUCGGGCUCAGUAGCAAGCCCGAGAUCCUCGCAACAAACCAGACUGCUAGAGGCUGGGUCAAUCGCUUCUCCCAUAAAGUGCACGAAGCGAAGAAGUGCAUGAUUCGUGCCGCAUCGUCUCGUGAGGGAGGCGAGGUUGAGGACCCAGUUUUCGGAGUUUCCGGAAUUCCCGAGGGUCCACUCUCAACCCCUUGCCUCCGAGGACGACGCAAUCUGGCAUGCUGGCAAGGAAUAGCUAUGGACACCUCGGAGAGUCGGAACGAGAGGAAGCGCUUGCUCCGCAGCUGCAAUGAGUGCCGCCGCUCGAAGGUGCGCUGCAUUCCCAGUCAGGACGACGAUGACAAGUGCAAGCGAUGCUUUCAGACAAACCGAGACUGUGUCUUUUCUGAAGUGCACAGCCGGGCCAAGAGAAGCUUUGGCGGCUCGACACGGAUAUCAAAGAUCGAAGAAAGGAUAGACAACAUCUACAGCCUGCUCAGGGAAGGCACAUCCCCGGCGGAUCUUGGUAUUCACAAUGAAGUGACGAUUGCCAUGCGGCCUCCACCGCCACUGCCAGCUGCAACUAUACCCGUAGCACCCAUUCCUCAGCGGGUAAACGGCAUAGACAGCCAAGUGGCGUUCCCGCAGGCGAAUCAGGAGCCUUCUUUGCCAGCCCUGACUAGUCAGGAUACCGCGCUGAGACCAGACACCCUCUUCGAUGGCCUCCUUAGGACCGACCAGGCAGACCGCCUGCUGCAGGUCUUUCGUGUCGAGAGUCAGCAGUACCCCCUCAUAGUGCUUCCACCAUGGCCUAUAGAGAUCUUUUACAGGGAGCGGCCGAUACUCCUGCUCGCCCUCCUGGCUACCUGUGCUCGUCUGCACCUCCCGGACAACCACGCAGUGUUGGAGCUGGAACUGCGCAAGACGCUUGCGUCCAAGCUGAUCGUGGAGGGGGUUCGGAAUCUCGAUCUUUUACAGGGCCUUAUGAUAUAUGUUUCUUGGUUCCACUUUCAUGCGUACGCCAUCUCUCAGGCCCUCACUCUGUUGCAAAUUGCUCUGUCCAUCUCACUCGAAGUGAAUGAGGAGGGCCCUGGGACUCCCGAGACGAGAAGGACGCUCCUCGGCGCUUAUUUGCUAUCAUCCACCACAUCAUUAACCCUGCGCAAGUUUGAAUGGAUGAACUCCAACUCCUCCAUCAUCUCUGCCUGCGAGCUCCUCGGCGCGGAAAGCAAUUCGCCGCUCGACGCCGCGCUGAUACACGCAGUCAAGAUCCAACAGCUGAGGGACAAGAUCGCUGUCGCCCUGGGGUACGGUGCGAAAAGCCGACCAGUGUUUGGAGCAGACAGGUUGGAGAUCACCGUGGAUACAUUGCAGGCGCAGCUCCAAGUUCUCAGGAACACCGUCCCUCCUCUCGGAUCCUCAUGCUGGAUCCCAUUAAUGCUCCACAGCACAGAGAUCUACAUCACCGAGAUCUCCCUACACGUCGGCGACGGGCCCUCCUCCACUGCCUCCCCCGCCUCCGCCUCCGCCUCCACCCCUUCCAACAACAACAACAACAACAACAACAACAACAACAACGCCGGCCUCACCCUCGAGACGCAGCAGCUCGUCUCGGUCCGCAACCGGCUGCUGGUCGACUGCCUCGCCGCCGCGAAGCGCUACCUCGACGGCUUCCUGGCGCUGCCACCCGCCGCGACGCGCAUGGACAUGCUCGUCGACAAGUCGCAGGUCGCCCACGCGCUCGUCAUCCUCAUCAAGCUGUCGCUGUGCCCGCACGCCGGCGACGCCUUCCCGCGCCUGCGCCAGGCCUGCCGCGUGCCGCACUACCUCGACGCCAUGAUCGCGCGGUCGUACGCCAUGAGCGACGGCGUUCGCGGCGGUAGUAGUAGUGGCGCCGGCGGCGGUGCUGGUGUGACUGCUGCGACUGCAGGCGUGGUGGCUGUGGAGGACCCGUACCGCCUUUUCGGGCGGACGAUGGAGCGCCUUCGGGGCUGGUACGAGCGGCGGGAGGUGCUUGCCCCCGGGGCCGGGCCGGGCGCGGAGCUGGUGUCUAUGUCGCCGAUGCAGGUGGUCAACAGCAGCGCCGAGGAGGACGCGCAGCGGCAGAUGUUUGAUUUCGAUCUCGAUAAGCUGGAUUUUAUGUUUCUCAACGGGUCGGAUACGUUUUGGAGUUGA